UCUUGUGUGCGUGUCAUUGCCUCUCUUCUGCACAUGCGCACAACUCAUGCUGUCAGGCUGCGCAUUUCCCGGCUGAAGAAUGGCAUCUCGUUCUAUAUCUGCAGCUUAUCGCUUGCUUCUCUCACCCGUACCGCUCCGGUCAGGAUUCAGACAAACGCAGCAGGCCCUGUCUGCUGUGUGGAUGCAGAAUAGAGACUACUCAAUACCCCCACCAGCCAAGUAUGGAGGAAGGCAUACAGUAACCAUGAUCCCAGGGGACGGCAUUGGGCCUGAGCUUAUGCUACACGUGAAAGAAGUAUUUAGGCAUUCCUGUGUGCCAAUUGAUUUUGAGGUGGUCAAUGUGAAUUCGACAUCUAAUGAUGAAGAUGACAUUCAGAAUGCCAUAACAGCCAUCCGUCGCAACAGGGUCGCGCUAAAAGGUAACAUUGAGACAAACCAUAACAUGCCGCCUUCUCAUCGCUCACGAAAUAAUCUGCUCCGCACAAGUCUGGACCUUUAUGCCAAUGUCAUACACUGCCGCAGUGUCCCCGGGGUCCAGACCCGCCAUAAGGACAUCGAUAUUAUGAUAGUGAGAGAAAACACAGAAGGGGAAUACAGCAGCCUGGAACAUGAGAGUGUGUCCGGGGUAGUCGAGAGCCUCAAGAUCAUUACACGGGCAAAUUCACUUCGCAUCGCAGAAUAUGCAUUUAAGUUGGCUCGCGAGGAAGGACGGAAGAAGAUCACAGCAGUUCACAAGGCAAAUAUUAUGAAACUCGGGGAUGGACUGUUCCUUGCAUGCUGCAAGGAAGUAGCCUCAGGGUACCCAGAUAUCACCUUUGAGAGCAUGAUCGUUGACAACACCACAAUGCAGCUCGUGUCCAACCCACAGCAGUUUGACGUCAUGGUGAUGCCUAAUCUGUAUGGUAAUAUUGUAAACAACGUUUGCGCUGGUUUGGUUGGGGGUCCAGGACUCGUUCCAGGGGCAAAUUAUGGCAACGUCUAUGCGGUCUUUGAAACUGCAACAAGGAACACAGGCAAAAGCAUUGCCAACAAGAACAUAGCUAAUCCCACUGCCAUGCUCCUUGCCAGCUGUAUGAUGCUGGACCAUCUCAAGUUGCAUAGCUAUGCUGCCUCCAUUCGCAAAGCUAUUCUGGGCAGUAUGAAUGAACACCGGAUGCACACAGCAGACAUUGGAGGCCAGGGUACCACCUCAGAAGUGGUGCAGUCCAUCUGCAGGCAGAUUAUUGUAAAGAAUGGCAGGGCUGUCACUGUCUGAGAGGAUAUGGGUGCCAUGGGCUGGGCAGAACAAUACAAUGGAAGCCACCCAUGCAGAAGAAACUGAGCAUGCAUACUCUGGGGUUGGAAUGGAGGGAGAUCUGUUCUCCUGGUGUCGCACUGUUAUCUUUCAGCUUGUGUGUAGUGACACACUGAUUUAGUUUUUGUCAUUUAAUGCACUUUCCAUCUCAGCCUGUGGCAGUUCUUAUUGUGUGCUUAUGCCUCACCAACACUCUGUGUGUACCCGUUGUGUAUUAUGUGCCCACUGCUGGAUCUGUACCUGGAGAACAUGCAGUGCUGGUGAAGACCAAAGACACAUUAGAAAAUGGAUGGUAUAAGAGAGUAUAUACUAUAAUGUAAGAAAGGAUGUUGAGCCCAGAUGCACUGAUGAUGUUGUUAUAAGAAUAAGCUUAUUUUCCAAACUAUUCAUGAAUAAAUAUCUUGUUACACAGUCA